AAAAAUUAAAAAAAAAAAACAAAGGAAAAUUGAAGGAUAAGAAAAUCUCAAUCGACGAGGGGAACAAGCAACCUCCGUAUUAAUGGUCACGACACAGAGGUAAGCUGUACAAGCAUUGAAGGCUCUGUCUCACCGGGGAUCGGAUGAAACGCACUUUAAUCCCACCAUCUAACUCGUAAUCAUCCAAUGGCUACCACAACACGUGUUCCAUUGUUCUUCUCUUGCUCACCUCGUUGUCGUAAAUACGCUUGCCUGCCAACAACACUUCCAGAAUCUUCCACUCUUUCAUUUCGGUCUUUUCCUUUUUCAUUUCUCUCAACAACCCAUCAUAAUGGAAACAAGAGCUUUAGGAGACUUCGGGCGGUUUCAGCGUCAAUGGCGGAUUCGCUUCCAAGCACUGUUCUUGUCACUGGAGCUGGUGGUAGAACUGGUUCAAUAGUUUAUAAGAAAUUGAAGGAGAGGUCUGGCCAAUAUGUUGCAAGAGGUUUGGUCAGAACUCAAGAGAGCAGAGAGAAAAUUGGUGGAGCAGAGGAUGUUUAUGUUGGGGAUAUAACGGAAGCAGAACGCAUCACUCCUGCUAUCCAAGGAAUUGAUGCUCUCAUAAUUCUCACAAGUGCAGUGCCAAAGAUGAAACCUGGGUUUGAUCCAUCUAAAGGUGAAAGGCCCGAGUUUUAUUAUGAAGAUGGAGCAUAUCCUGAACAGGUUGACUGGAUUGGUCAGAAAAAUCAAAUAGAUGCUGCUAAGGAUGCAGGAGUGAAGCAGAUUGUGUUGGUUGGGUCUAUGGGUGGGACAAAUCUGAAUAAUCCCUUGAACAGUUUGGGCAAUGGGAAUAUAUUGAUUUGGAAGAGAAAAGCUGAACAGUAUUUGGCUGAUUCUGGCAUUCCAUACACAAUUAUAAGGGCUGGAGGCCUGCAAGACAAAGAUGGGGGUGUCCGAGAAUUACUUGUUGGGAAGGAUGAUGAGCUUCUUCAGACAGAGACAAGAACCAUUGCAAGGGCUGAUGUUGCAGAAGUCUGCAUUCAGGCAUUACAAUUCGAGGAAGCUAAAUUUAAGGCGUAUGAUUUAGCCUCAAAGCCAGAGGGAACUGGCACUCCAACCAAAGAUUUCAAGGCUCUCUUUUCCCAAGUCACUACUCGAUUUUGAUUCUUAGUUGACCAUUAUUGCAGGUCUUGGAUGUAUUUUCCUGUGUUUAACUUCAUAACAUUUUAGUAUUUUUAGUAUUUACUUUCAAGAGUUUAGGAGAAAGAACGCAAUAAGAGGAUAUUCUAAAUUUCUUGAAACAGCUUGUGAAAGUAUUUAAAACUAGGAAAAAUUACUAUUUAGUUUGUGUAUUUUAACAAAAUUAAUUAUUUGGUUCAUAUAUUUUGAAAAUUAUAUUAUUUAGUUUA